ACAUCCACCAAACUGAUUUUGUCGCAGAUUCCCACCGUACCCUUAUUUCUUAGCCUUAUGAACAAGUUUUGCAACUAUAAAUGUAUUCCUUUUCUCACUUCAAAAGCAGCAUUCACUUGAGCCAGCUUCGUUGCAAAAUGCAAUAAACUAAUACCAUCUUCGGCUUUCAUAAAGUAAAGACAAGGUUUCUGAGAGGUAUAAAUAUCAGUUACAAUGGAGGAUGAAAGCGAGUUGAAAGAAGAGAAAAAAUGGUGGAAAAUAUGUAUAGAAAACAUGGGGAAUUGGUUGGCAAACAAGAACAAAGACGAAUGGUUGAAGGACAUGAGGGGGAAUCUGAGUUUAGCUGCUACAAUAAUCACAACCAUGACCUUUCAAACUGCCAUUAAUCCACCAGGUGGUGUUAGACCAGCGACAGAGACAGGAAACGUGAAAUGCCCAGAAAAGUUACAAGGUAAUCCAUGCCCUGGAGAAGCAGUUCUUGCUGUAGUUUUCCCAGAUGUUUAUAUCAGAUUCCUUCUAUGGAACACUAUAUGCUUCGUUUCAUCCUUAGCGGUGUGUCUCUUGCUUGUGAGUGGCUUCCCUCUGAAUCACAGAUUUUUCACGUGGCUUCUGUCAAUAGGCACGUGCAUCACCAUGACCAGCCUCACUUUGACCUACAUGGUUGGUGCAGAAAUGGUCACACCUUAUCCUGUCUGGUACACCACUAAUACCAUGUUUAAUAAAGUCAUUUACAUUUGGUUUUCACUCCUAGGACUCGUCACUCUUGUUCUUUGUCUGCGACUAUUUGUUUGGACUGUCACUAAAUGCAUUCACAAACGUAAACGGUGAACUUCUUCUGCACAUGCAUGUUAUUAUGCAAUUUAUCAUUCAGUAGUUUGCGUUUGAAUGUUUAAACUAUGUAUUGCUCUAUAAUAUUCAUCUCUUUGCUUAAUCUUAAGAUUUUGAUGUUUUCUAUCCACAACCGAUUAUAACUUUGGAGAUUGAAGUUGAAAAUGUUC